AUGAAUGUUUCCUCGGCAGGUUUGCUCUACACAGGAAUUCUGAAGGUACCGAGCAUCAACACGACCUGUUGCCUGAGGGGAUAUCGAGCUGCCGCGCUGGAGAGCACUGUGGAGAUCAGAACGGUUGGGCUUUGGGAUGAUUUCCGCGUAUCCCUCGGAGGAGCAGAGGAGCCUAAUAGGAACAGCUCAAUCAUUCUCCUAGUUCAUGUUGAUGUGGACUUCCUUCUCUCCGCGGCGUACAUCCAUCGUACUCUGAUGCCUAAAUCAGGUGGAGCGGUGGUCUGGCUCCCCUCGAUUUCAUCGAGCGCGAAAGACUUUUCUUUCACGAAAUAUUACUACAUGUUGGCUGAGAUAGUGGAAGGAAGCUUCAAUGCCUCCGUAGGCCAGCGACUUCCAGGACAAGUCCUGCCGAAUUCCUCGACGCUCUCACAUAUUACUGAAAUUGUCUCUGUGAUGCAAGCAGUAGCUGUCUUCGGAACCGGCAUCUACCUCCGCUAUGUCAGGGCGAGAAGACAAAUAGAGAAACACGCGCUGAAUCGACAGACCUCACAGGCGAAGGAAUUGACUCGGGAAGACCUUCUCCGCAAGCUGGGCGCGUGGACUGGCGUGGGCAUAUCCUACAAUGCCGGAAUCGUCUUGCUCGGCCUUCAGGAGAUCUGUAUCAUGUUGAUGACCGUUUACUACUUCCAUUGGAUUUCUCACCUACUGAAGUUGGCUUUCAUUGUUGCCUUCAUCACGUCCGCCGACAUUCUAUUCGACGAUGUAGCAGAGGAAGGAGGAGGAAGUUUCGAACUACCGAAGUUAGGCUCCCUGAACUAUCGUCGAACGACAUUUCGCCUGAUCUGUGUCAUCAUGGCGAUAACAUGGUUCCUGAGCCGCAAAAACCCGAUGAUCUGGAUACUCCACAAUAUAAUGGCGUCUAUCAUGUGUGUGGCUCUGAUAGCGGAUAUCAGCUUACCGUCAAUGGUGGUUAUCUGCUUGAUGGCCGUCCUGUUGGCUGUCUACGACUUAUUCAUGGUAUUCAUAACCCCGAGGUUCACGGCAGAUGGAGUAAGCGUUAUGGAAUCCGCUGUUUUAGGGGCUGACGGUGAAGUCAUGCCCAUGGUGAUGUAUACACCGAAAUUCCCGUCAUUGACGAUGUAUCCUCGGUGCGCUUCUCUCCGGAGCGGAUUCCUCGGACUGGGAGACAUCAUCAUUCCUGGCAUCGUCGGCUCUUACUGCGCCAACUUCGAUUCCAUGCGGAUGCAGGGCUCUUGCAUGAAAACUAGUCAUCUUGCUCUUCUGGCCUAUACCUUAGGCUUGAUGACGACGUACGUCGCUCGCGAGCUGAUGGAAUCUGCUCAACCGGCUCUCAUCUACAUAACUCCCAUGAUGCUCUUCAUACUGCUGCCGGCGGCCGCGAUGCUUGGAAUUUGGUCGAACUUCUGGAAUGGCCGUCUAUCUGGAGAACCGAAUGUUGCCGCGAAAAAGCGAGGAUGA